AUGGAACAUCUACUGCUGCUAGCUCUCCUCCUUAGCUCUAGUUAUGGGAUAGCUCUGGAGAGCAUCAAGGGCCCACUGGAAAGCAAGGCAUUAUUCGUCCCUGAAGCUACAGCAGUUCCCUAUGCCAUCCACCAGUUUGUGUCGGCAGUAAAGCAUGUGACUGCAUACAGAGUAAGUGGAGACCUGGAGGGAAUCAGCAUGUCUGAGGACGGCUGGCUUUACCUCACAAAAUCACUGGCCUGGUCGAACAAGGGAGCAUACUCACUGCAGGUGACCACAGCAGCAGAUGUCCUAACCUCACUAAAUGAACUGAAUGUGUAUUUGGCGACUGAUGAUGAUGUGACAGUAGAUGGACCAUAUGAUGUAGCCCUGACAGUUGUCGACAUAAAUAACAAUUUACCCACCUUUGAUCAAGAUCUGUAUGGAGGGCAAGUGAUUGAGCACUCAACUGCAGGCAAGCCAUUUGUGCGCGUGGUUGCAUCUGAUACUGAUGACCCCAAUACUGCCAACGCUGCCCUGAGGUACAGCAUUGUCAAACAGAUUCCAAUCACACAAACAGCCUGGUUCCAGAUCGAUCCGGAGACAGGGGAGAUCUCCACCACUGAGGAUGGUGCCAAGCUCCUUAAAGCACGUGCAGGGUUCAGGUACAGUCGGGGUGAAGAGCGUGGCAGCCGUGAAGUACUGGAGAAGAAUUUUAAAGACUUCUGUUUGCCAACUCAUGAUAUUCCAUAUGAGGACAAUCCUCUCUUCGCUUGCAUGCUUAGAAGUGAGUCUCGGCAGGUGGACGCUAUAACUGACCCCGACUACACCUUGAUAGUGAAAGCAGAGGAUAUGGGAGGAGCAUUGAACGCUCUGUGGAGCAGCACACGGGUUGAUGUAGUCGUCCGUCAAAACCUGUGGAAAAAGCCUGAACCAAUCGCUCUCAAAGAGAAUCUGAAAUACCCCAUGCCAAUUGCUACGGUGACGUCUAAUGACCCUGAUGCAAUUUACAGUUUGGUUCAGAAGGAAAGAUUCAACUUUCCUUUCAGUAUCAACGCUGAAGGAGAGAUCUUUGUUACAAGGGAAUUGGACCGCGAGAAUGAAGCCAAGUAUACGUUAGUGGUGUUUGCAAAGGAUGACCAGGGUGUGGACAUUGAAAAGCCCAUGGAGAUUCUCGUGACCGUGACAGAUGAGAAUGACAAUGCUCCAGAGUGUGGCAAAACUCUCUUUGAAGUGCAAGAGGACGAGAGCACGGGAAGUUUAGUGGGUCAUUUGGAGGCCUCUGAUGCUGAUGACGAGAACACACCAAAUGCCCUGCUGACCUACAAGCUGCUGAGUCAGAGCCCCGCCACAGAGAGCAUGUUUUCUCUCACCGACUUCACUGGUGAAGUUAAAGUGAUCAAGGGUGGAUUCCAGCGGUCAAUCCCUGAGUACACCCUCACAUACUCAGUUAGUGAUGGAGGAGUACCAGCCAAGGCUGUAGAGUGCCAGAUCACUGUAAAGGUCAUCGACAUCAAUAAUGAGCUCCCCUUGUUUGAGAAAAAUAAUUAUGGAAAUCGUAGUGUGGCAGAGAACGCCGGACUUGGCACUGAGCUGCUGACUGUCAAGGCAAACGAUGCUGAUGACCCUGGAACAGGGAGCUCCAAGGUGGAGUACUCUAUUGCAGACGGUGAUCCUGAUGGAGUCUUCACCAUUAAAGUGGAUGAAGCAACAGGACAGGGAAAGCUCACCAUUGCCAAGCCUCUGGACUUUGAAAAGCACUCCACCUACACGCUCCAGAUUCAUGCUCGAAACCCUGAGCCCCUGGUCAAAGGGCUGGAGUACGAUGAGAGGUCCACAGCGGUGGUCAGAGUGGAUGUCGACAAUGUGGAUGAGGCGCCUGUGUUUGAGCUGGACUUGCUGGCUGUGAAUGUCCUAGAGAACCUGACUGUGGGAGCCACGGUGCUGAACAUCAAGGCCCAAGACCCAGAGGGAAAGGAGAUCAUGUUCAAUCUAGAGGGAGAUGAGAGAGGCUGGUUUGAGAUUGACUCAGCGUCAGGGGAACUGAAGACCAAGGCAGCUCUAGACUAUGAGGAGGUUCAGGAUCUCACUGUGAUGGUCAUUGCCUAUGAAAAGGAUGCUCCAGACAUGCAGACCAAGAAGGAAGUGGCCAUCCAUCUGAUGAACGUAAACGAUAACGUGUCCAAACUGGUGGUGAACCAGUCCUUCAUUUGCGUUAAGGACCUUGAGACGCCGCUCGUCAUUGAGGCGGAGGAUAAAGAUGCUGAGCCCUUCGGCGGCCCCUUCACGUUGAGCCUCGUCGAGAGCACGAACUCAACCAUCUGGGAGUUCUCACAAGUGAACGGUACCUUUGCCCACCUGACCCUAAAGAAGAUCCCUCCUGCUGAACAGACAUUUAAUGUGCCUAUAAAUAUCAAAGAUAUGUCUGGAAUGGAAGUUACACACACAUUUAACGUGACUGUGUGCAACUGUACCGAGUUUGGGUCAUGUGUCGUUGAGCUUUCUGGGGGACUUUGUAUGGAGGAGACUAUUGGACUUGUGGGAGGAUUCCUUGCAUUCAUUGGCAUCAAUGUGCUUGUUAUCGUCGUAAGAAAAUCUAAGAAGAAGAGCAAAAAGCCAAAUGCAGGCGAGGACGAAGUCAUGAUGAAGACAUAGACACACACACACACACACACACACACACACACACACACACACACACGCUCACCACACACACCACGUAUACACAAAGAGAGUGUGAGAGAGAGGGGGAGAGUUAUUCCUGAUUUAUAUCAUGUUAUUCCAGAUUUAUUUAAUUAAAGAAAACUCAGGAAUAGAAUGGUCAAGCGUAACUGGCUAUUGUGUAGUUCACUGUAGAAAGAAACUCCCUAUACUUUUGCUCUCUACCAGCCCACACUGUCACAUCUUUUUUUUUUUUUAAAGCCAAUCCAUGAAUAUACAGAUCCUGUAAGAAAACCAUUCCAUGUGUAUACAGAUCAUGUAAAAAAAGAUCAUUUUUAAAGCCAAUCCAUAUGUUGCCAAUCCAUGUCAAAUAAAUGUUUGCAGAUCCGCUGUAAGUGUGUGUGGGUGAGAGAGAGAGUGGAACCAAAGAUCCUUGAUUACUAAUGUAGCCUACUCUGAAGACCAGACAAAUGAAUUGCACACAGUGACAAUAGACGUGUGUGCCCAUAAUAACAGUCUCCUUGCCUGGAGACUGAGGUGCAGAGUGUGCGUGCUGCCCUUGUUUCUGAUAUAUGCCAACAUUGUUGUGUUGUGAUUAAAACAUGGCAGCCAGACAGGUUGUGACAGAUGUGUAAAUUGUAGAAAUAAAUAAUCCACAUGACAAUGU